AUGAGGGGCAUCCCGAGCUUAAAGCGGCUGCGGCUCAAAAUCUGGCGGCGAUGCGCCCUGCUGCUGCUGCUCCUCUGGGCUGCCUGCUGGGUGGUGGUGAGCGCUGCGCUGUUCCUCCUCCACAGGAGCGUCUUCUCCGAGCGCUGCACGGACGAGAAAAGCCACCGGAUCCUGGCCAGGCUGUGCCUUGACUACAGCAGUGGAGCCCUGACGGGGGACCUCUGUGAAGACCUGUGUGUGGCACAGAAGCUGGUGUACAAACACUGCCUUUACUAUGACAGAGGUAAGAAGGUUAUUCAGGCUGAUUGGAGAGGCCAGCCCAUCAUACUGAAAUCCAAAAAAGAAAUCUUUUCCAGCUACCAGCACCUCAGUAUGCUAGAGGAGCUGGAAACACGGGAUAUUCCUGAAACAGAGCUUCUGCUUAUGGUAGCUUUGGAGGUCAAAAAUGCCCUGGGGCUAGAACUGUCUAACAAUACCAUGGGGCCCCUGUGGACAAGGAAGAAGGGACCACGUUGGAAAGCACAGGUGGCCAGCAUGUGGUCCUUGCUCCAGCAGGAAGAAUAUAUCUACUUCAGUUUGCUACAGGACUUCAGCAAACAUGUGCUACGAAUUAUUGGCUCUUGUGGACACUUUUAUGCUGUGGAGUAUCUCACAGCUGGACAUGCCUGGCACAAAACUCUUUUUCCCUUGGAAAACGUGAUUGGCCCCUCCCUUACUGGACACAGAAGCAGGGUGAGAGCCAUCAUUGACAUUGCACUCAGCUUUCUGGACAUGGUGCAGCAUUUUGAUAAUGAUUUCUCUCACCGACUUCACCUGUGUGACAUCAAACCAGAAAACUUCGCUAUCAGGCAUGAUCUCACGGUGGUGGCCAUUGAUGUGGAUAUGGCCUUUUUUGAACCCAAAAUGAGGGACAUUCUGGAACAGAAGUGCACAGGAGAUGAAGAUUGUAAUUUCUUUGAUUGCUUUUCAAAAUGCAAUCUGAAAAUCAGAAAAUGUGGAGCACAGAGAGCCAAUAACAACUUGCAAGUAAUUUGUGACAAAAUAUUCCGUCGCUGGUUUUCCCCAAAUCUCAGAGGACCGUUGGUUUCUCUGCCCCUGCAGCUGCAGCUGCAGAAAGCUGUGCAGGAGUGUGCUCAGCCAGGGCACAUGGGUGCCACCGGGCACCAGAGGACUCUAAAAUCUCUCUCCGAGUUGUACCACCUGCUUCGGGUCACUCAGCGAGAACUGCAAGGGGCAGAGUAG